GCAAUGCUCCUCAAGACUUGUCUCUUCCUUCUCUUACUCUUCUGCUUCUUUCUCCACCGAAACCUUGCUUCCUCUCAUGGUUUCCUCUUCAAUGGCUUCCUCGGCACGAACCUCACCCUUCAAGGCCUCGCCACGAUAACCCCCACCGGCCUUUUGAUGCUCACUAACGCCACCAAGCAGGUCACCGGCCGCGCCUUCCAUCCCUCCAAGUUCAGCUUCAGAAACCCUUCCAACGGCCACAUCUUCUCCUUCUCCACCACCUUCGCCUUCGGCGUCGUCUCCAUCGAUCCCCAACUCAGUGGCCAUGGCAUCUUCUUCGUGAUCUCCCCCACCGAGGACUUCUCCUGUGCAACCGGAAGCCAGUACUUGGGCCUCUUCAAUCUCAGCAACAACGGCAGUCCAUCCAACCACCUCUUCGCCGUCGAGCUCGACACGAUCCUUAACCCGGAGUUCCUGGACGUCAACGACAACCAUGUCGGGAUUGAUAUCGACGGUCUGAGGUCCUUCAACUCCAGCCCCGCCGGGUACUACUCCGACGACGACCAAUUAUCUUUCAGGAACUUAACCCUCCGGAGCGGCCGAAUGAUGCAAGUUUGGGUGGAUUACGACGGCGAGGAGACGCGACUGGACGUCACGUUAGCUCCGGUGCCGAUGGUGAAGCCGAGGAAGCCUCUGCUGUCUUCGAAGAUCGAUCUCGCUGGAGUUUUGAUGGACUCCAUGUUCGUUGGCUUCACCUCCACCAAUGGUCCGUUCUUGACGUCUCACUACGUCCUAGGCUGGAGCUUCAAUGUCAACGGCACGGCUAAAGCUCUGGACUACUCCUUGCUGCCUCCUCUCCCGGCCGCGAGAUCGAGCUCCGGACGGUGGAAGCUUUUCUACAUCCUGCUGCCUUUAGCUUCCGCUAUGUUUGCUGUGAUGGCCAUCGCCGGCGCUCUGUUGAUCAAUUGGAGGAAGGCGGAGUAUGCAGAGGAACUCGAGGAGUGGGAGAUAGAUUACAGUCCUCAUCGGUUCUCCUACAAGGAGUUGCACAGAGCGACUGGAGGUUUCCGGGAGGCGGAGCUGCUGGGGAUCGGCGGAUUCGGGAGGGUCUACAAGGGCGUUCUUCCGAGCUCCAAGUCGGAGAUCGCCGUGAAAAGAGUGUUGUCCUCCCCUGAGUCGAGACAGGGGAUGAGGGAGUUCGUCGCCGAGGUAGUGAGCCUCGGCCAGCUCUGCCACCGAAAUUUGGUGCCGCUGCUCGGGUACUGCCGCCGGAAAGGCGAGCUCCUCCUCGUCUACCGGUACAUGCGCAACAGUAGCCUCGACAGGCUCCUGCACGAUUCCGGCAAGCCGGUGCUGGGUUGGGCGGCGCGGAUGAAGAUCAUCAAAGGCGUAGCGGCGGCGCUUCUCUACCUCCACCAGGACUGGGAUCAGGUGGUUGUUCACCGGGACGUCAAGGCCAGCAACGUGCUGCUCGACGAGGAGUUCAACGCGAGGUUGGGAGAUUUCGGGCUCGCGAGAUUGUACGAUCAUGGAAGUGAUCUGAAAUCGAGCAGAGUGGUCGGAACCAUGGGCUACCUCGCGCCGGAGCUAGCCAGGACCGGGAAGUCGUCGACGGCGACCGACGUGUUCGCGUUCGGGACGUUUGUGUUGGAGGUUGUGUGCGGGCGGCGGCCGGUGAUCUCCGGCGAGGAGGAGCAGGUUGUGCUGGUGGACUGGGUGGUGGAGAACUGGCGAAAGGGGGCGAUCGCGGAGACGAGGGACACGAGGAUGGGGGAGGAAGACGAGCUGGAGGAGGUGGAGCUGGUGUUGAAGAUAGGGUUGCUCUGCUCCCACCCGCUGCCGGCGGCGAGGCCAAGCAUGCGGCAGACGGUAAGGUACUUGGAAAAGAAGGAACCGAUGCCGGAGCUUUCGCCGGCGAACAUGAGCUUCAGUGUUUUUGCUCUGCUGCAUAAUGAUGGCUUUGAUGAUUAUCUCAUGCCGUUUCCAUCGCCGGCGACGGCGUCGUCGGUGACGUCAUCGUCGAUUGAAUAAAUUUGACCUUUUUAUAAUUUUUCCUUUAAAAAGAAAAUUUGA